AUGGUCAUCAAGGACAAAAGACAGUCUCUGCAGCAACGGAAUAUGCUGUUAAAUAUGAGACUCAAUUCUUCUAAUCCUAAUUUAUCUAACCAUUCUACCGCUGCAACUGCAGUGGCUGGGAAUAACAAGAUUCUCAAAAAUAACAAUACAAGCGCUCUCAACAUAAUGAGCAAUGCAACCUCAUCUAGUGCCAAUAACGGUUCUGGUAUCAAUAAAAAAAAUGAGCUCAAGAAUAAAUUAUGGAGAAUGUCAUUUUCACCAAAGAGUAAACCCAUGACUUCUACUAAAAAUACAACCUUGAUAGGUGCAGGGUCUAAACGCAGUCCAGUGGCAUUUGUUGGUUCCUAUCCUAUGAAGGAUUUAAAAUUUUGUGAUUUUGAAAUUGGAAAAAAGUUGGGUAAAGGAAAAUUUGGUAAAGUUUACUGCUGUAGACACAUUAAAACGGGGUUCAUAUGUGCAAUUAAAAUUAUGGAUAAAUCGGAGAUUUUGACUUACAAUGUGACCAAACAAUUUAGAAAUGAAAUUGAAAUUCAGAGCAAUUUAAAUCAUGAGAACUUAACUAAGUUAUAUGGGUUCUUUCACGAUUCAAAAAGGGUUUAUCUAAUCAUGGAAUAUAUUUAUAAUGGCGAAUUAUAUUCAAUAUUGAAAAAAAACGGACCCUUUAACGAUAUCGUUGCAUCGAAUUUUGUUUUCCAAUUAACUAAUGCAAUUCGCUAUUUACAUAAAAAGAGGAUUAUUCAUAGAGACUUAAAGCCUGAAAAUAUCUUAAUAGAUUUUAAUAAUGUUAUAAAGAUAACAGAUUUCGGUUGGAGUGUGUACAAUGAAGCAGGGAAUAAAAGAAAAACAUUAUGUGGCACAAUAGAUUACUUAUCACCAGAACUUAUCAAUUCAAAAGAAUAUGAUGGAUUAAUAGAUGUAUGGGCGUUAGGGAUUAUAGCUUACGAAUUGAUCGUAGGGACCCCUCCAUUCGAAGAAGAUACAAAAGAAUUGACUUAUAAAAGAAUCAAAAAUUGUGACUUGAAUUUCCCGGCCCAUGUAUCCCAAGAUGCAAAAAAUCUGAUAUCAAGUCUAUUAAAAUUAAAUCCAUCAGAAAGAAUUACAUUAACCGAUGUAUUAAAACAUCCGUGGAUUAAUAAAAAUAAACCUUUUUGGUAA